GCGCUUGCAUCUGUGGAGCGGGGGCCGCUCUGGUGGUCGGAGGUACCCUGCACAGGUGCUGUGCCAUCCCACCGGCAGGGGCUAGCGCUCUGCGGUGCGCCAGGGCCGCAAGAAAGAGCUGUCCUCUUCGGUGGAAACACUUCCGUGAGAGUAGCCGGUGGCUGGCAAUCCUCAUCAACCCUGUGCAUGGUAGACCUACCUGCAGACGAUUAUGGCAGCGUCAACUUCAGUAUGUUUGAGCCAAGUAGCCCAUCCACGCCGUGGCCUUGCUCCCGGUGGGGAGCAACCCUUACAACGGCGUCCUCUUCCCAGGAUGGCGCGGCGCUGCUUUGGGGCGGCUGGAGCCGGGAAGGUGACACGGACAUGCCCUGGAUGCUGCGAUUUCGCGAAGCUGGCCCUUGCUGGAGCGAGCUCUCUUGUGAACGGCGGCCUCCGGCGGCUGCCUUCCACACGGGCACAGGCUUACCCGAUGGGAAAAGGCUAGCCCUGAUCGGCGGCCUGGGGAAUGGGAGCUCGCGGGAUGCUGUUUGGACCUUCGAUUCCUCGAGCGGGCAGUUUGAGAAGCUCUGCGAUGGGGGCCCUGCUCCGGCGGGCCACGUGGCGGCGGCGGACUUUGAAGCGCAGCGUCUGGUGGUGUGCUUUGGAGUCAGGCGGUCACAGCCGUUCAUUGAGGACAACUUCAUGAAGACCACAAGCGUGCUGGAUCUGCGAAUGGGGCGCUGGGAUGAUGACGCAUGGAAAGGUGAUACGCCGAGUGCAGCUCCGCUUGCCCGACGCAAUGCCGCUGCUGCAUCACUUGGGCACAGAAUCAUUGUCUCCGGUGGGUACAAUGACGAGGAGUUCAGAUCACUUGAGGACACAUGGUCCUUCAACAUGCGCACUGGCAGGUGGGCGCAGAUAGCCCAGCAAGGCGCGCCUCGCAUGGAGGGUCACAAGGCUGUUGCCAGUGGAUUGGACAUCUUCACUUUCGGUGGGCAUGCGCUGUUAGGCCGAUUUCCGCGGCCCACCGUGUCUGUACAUAGAUUAGCUUUGGGUAAGGCCGACCCAUUGCAAGCGUAUUCGGCUGCUCCUGAGAGCAGGUCAAACCUGAAAUCAAGCGAGAAGGACAGCUCUUCUCAGGGCUAUCCCUCGCAGCAUCACGAGUAA